AUGCCUAAUUUAUUAGCCUCAUUAAUAACAACUAAUGAAAUCCAUUUGGUAAUUGGAUUUUCACAUGUUGCUACUACCAGAAUUAACUCAAUCAUAGAUUCCGGUGCAAUUCCAAUUUUAAUUACUGAUAAAACUCGAGAAAUACUUCCUUCAACUUUGUUACAAUAUCAAGAUAAUAAUAAAUUAAGAGUAAUAUUUACUGAAUUAAAUAUUGAUAUAAUUUCAACUUAUUUGACUAAGUUAGGUCGUGAUGAAGUUGAUCAAAUAGUUGACAGAGUCUUUGUCUCAUUACCAAUAUCAUCACAUGAAUUAAAGCAGCAAAUCUUUAGUAAGUGUAAGAAACUAAGGAUUCCACUAAAUACAUCUGAUUCUCCUGAAUUUUGUACAUUUACAUUAUUGUCAACGUAUGUUUCUGGGGAUUUCCAAAUGGGUGUAACUACAUCUGGAAAAGGCUGUAAAUUAGCCCUGAGAAUAAAAAGAGAGUUGGUUAGUUCAUUACCUUUGAAUAUUGGUGAUAUCUGUAAUAAAAUAGGUGAUCUUAGGAAAAAGAUCCAACAAGAAGAUAAGUUAUCAACCACGGUGGAAAGUAUUGGAGAACAUGAUGAUGAUGCUAUAAAUUCAAGUAAACUUAAUACAUUUGUACCUGAAUUUGGUAUGUCUGAGGAUGAACUUAAAUUACAAAGAACUAGAUGGCUUUCACAAAUUGUUGAAUAUUAUCCGUUGAAAACAUUAGCCAAUUUAUCAAUUGAAGAUUUGAGUCAAGCAUACCAAAACCAUAAACAAAUGGACAUUAAAUUUGAACCAGGAUCUAAGAAAAGAAAGAUUGCAAAGAGGGGUUCACUUACAUUAGUUGGUUCAGGUCCUGGAUCAGUUUCAUUAUUGACAAUAGGCGCAUUACAAGCUAUUCAUUCUGCUGAUUUGGUACUUGCUGAUAAAUUAGUACCUCAACAAGUUCUUGAUAUAAUACCAAAAAGAACAAACUUAUUCAUUGCUCGUAAAUUCCCAGGAAAUGCCGAAAAGGCACAAGAGGAAUUAUUGAAUCUUGGAUUAGAAGCCUUAAAUCGUGGUGAGAAUGUUAUAAGAUUAAAACAAGGUGAUCCAUAUAUUUUCGGUAGAGGAGGUGAAGAAUUUAAUUAUUUUAAAGAAAAGGGCUUUGUUCCUCAAGUGAUCCCAGGAAUUACUUCUGCAUUAGCUGCACCAGUGUUAUCUAAUAUUCCUGCUACUCAUAGAGAUGUAGCUGAUCAAGUUUUAAUCUGUACUGGUACGGGCAGACGAGGGGCUGUUCCUAAUUUACCAGAAUUUGUCCCAAGUAGAACCACUGUUUUCUUGAUGACAUUACAUCGUGUAGUUGAAUUUAUUCCAAAAUUGAUUGAAGAAAAGAAUUCGGAUCCAAAUUUACCUGUUGCAAUUAUUGAACGAGCAUCAUGUCCUGAUCAGAGAGUAAUCAGAACUACGUUGAGUAAAGUUGCUUUAGCAGUAGAAGAUUGCGGAUCAAGACCUCCAGGAUUAUUAGUUACAGGGUAUGCUUGUGAGGUCAUUUUCAAGAAGGAUGAUUCUAAUAGAGAUAAACCAUGGAUUGUGGAAGAAGGGUGUGACUGCCAAUUUGAUGAAUCGUUUGAAUCGAUAAUUAAGUUUGCAACCGUUAAGACUGAACAGGAAUCUGCAAGUAUUCCUUCUACUACUGAACCAUUGAGUAUAUAUUAA